AAACUACAAAAAAAACGCAUUCUACGAAAUGAUGAAAUUCAUUUUGUCAUGAUAAUCUGUAAUUCGUCGGCAUUUCCCGCAUUAGCGCGUUAUGAGCGAGGUUAUGAGUUUUUACUUUCUGAAAACGUUGUUCAUCGUUUCAUUACGUCUGUGUAAAAUCGAUUAUUAAAACUGAGUAGUUGUUCCUAAUUAGCUGACAGUAUAAUUGUGUAGCGAUUUUAAUAACAACCGUUUCAGUUUUUGAUACGAGUGAAUUUUUAAUAAUAUUACUACCAUUAUAUCGAACAAUCGUAUUUAAUGUUUAUCGCUAUUUCCUAACUUAUAUUAGCUCAAGAUUCAUUAAAGAACAAACUGGAAUAAUGGACACGGUUAAUGUAUUCAAUUUUAUAAAGAGAAGACAACUUGGCUAUGCCGCACCUAAUUAUAAAAUAUAUGACAUGUAUUUGGACAAAAUUGGUUACAAGCAUCCAAGAAUGGAUAACACGCACAAUAUAAAUAUCGAUACUGGUAAUACUUUUGCUUGUAAAUUCAGUAGAAAUAAAAACAAUUUACACAUAGUUGGUUGUGCAACUGAAAUCGGAGAUAUAAUUAUUGAAAAUACUCAUGGUCAUUACGUUAAGCAAAAUAAUCAGUUUCAAAGAAAUUCUUUACAUUCCAAUGCUAUUUUUAACAUUUCAUGGGCUGAGCCUCAAAUGAAAUUAGUAACAGGCUGUGGAGAUCAGACAUCUAAAUUAUGUACAUUAAGACCAUCAGGAGAACUACAUGAAGAACAAGAAUUUUUUUAUAGUGCAUCUGUUAGAAGUGUAAUGUUUUGCCCUGGAUCUUCAGAUAUAUUUUGUGGUGGAUGCCAAGAUGGUUCAAUAAAAGUCUGGGAUUCACGUUUAAAUAAAGGUCAAAAAGUUUUGGAUUGUGAAAUUUUCAUACCUAAUACACAUGGCUGUUAUAAAACAAUAUCAAAAACUAAAAAAAUAAAAAUAUAUGGAGUAAAUACUUUAAUAUAUAGAAAUGAUCAAACUAUUAUAUCUGGUUCUUCUUUAGAUCAUGCUUUAAAAGUAUGGGAUUUACGUAAAAGUUACCGCCAAGUAAGAGGUAGUACUGAACCAUUACCAGUUACAAAAUAUUAUUGUGGUGAUAUAAAUUCUCCGCGAUUCAAUGGCUUUACAGAUAUAAUAUUAAAUCCCGAAUCUACUAAGAUGUAUGCAAGCUGUGUAACUAAUACUAUUUAUUGUUAUUCAUUGGAUUCUGCAGAUAAACUGCCAAUAUGUGAAUUUUCUGGUCAUGCUCAUGAAACUUCAUACUCUAAAAUUAGCAUUAGUCCUGAUGGAAAAUAUCUUUUUUCUGGUUGUAUGAACAAUAGUGGCCUUUUGUGGAAGACAGAUUUUCCUUAUCAGUCAACGCCAAUGUUUAAAAUAAAAUCUAAUCGUUUAUUUACUAAACUAGAAAUGAGUUCUUCAGAUUGGUGUUUGGAUUCAAGAAGUCCUAAAUUGGUUACAAGUGGUGAUACAAUGCCUAUGGUGUGGUCAGUUCUUUCGGAUGAAGAAAGAGAAUCUACAGAUCCUACAAUAUGCCGUACUGAAUUUCAUGCAUUAAGACCUUUUUCAACAAAAAUAAGUACUGUUCCAAACGAUUUUAAAUUUGAAACCGAGCUCAGAGAAAAAUAUAAAAAAGAAACUGAGGUGAUGAUGGAAAAUUGGGAUAUCCCAAAUCAAAAUGUUGGUUCAAUUGAAGAACAUUUAAAUGUGACUCCAAAAAAAAACCCAUGGAAUGUAUUAUUUAGUACAAAAACAACAUCUCCAUCGUCCGUAUCAUCUCAGUCUGAAAUAACAUCCAAGGAUUCUACACUUGUGGUUUCUAACCAAAUUCCUGAAGCAGUUACUCCAACUUCGAGUAAAAAACGAAAGAAAAGUAUUGUAUCUCCGAAAAGCUUAAUUGAUCAAUACUUGGUGCCUAACAGAAAACGUGAAAAACUAGAUACUGUUAAUGAAGUAUAGUUUUAAUUAAAAUAAUAAAAUAAAUUCAAUGGUUAUGUAACA